UUUUCAGUUCGAAUUCGUGCGUCGGUCGGUCGAGUUGUGUGCCAAACGCUCGGCACCUGUCGCCCAACACGUGUUGCGUUCCACUUGCGCUGCGCGUCUCCUUCGCACACCCGCGUACACCGCGGCGUAUACGCUACGUACUGUGGUGCAGCCAAAGCGAAAUAAUUUCUGAUUAUUCUAGUUAUGUGAACCGAAAGUGGAGUGCAUAAGAGUCUGAAAUUCAAGCACCAGCUGUGUUUUAACUCAUAUUAAAUUAAAGAGGAGAUACGAAAAAGAGGAGUGAAUUUGUGGUUCAGAAGAAUGAUAAAUUGUUUUCCCAGUUUUGCUAGAAGGCCGAACACCAUCAAUGUGAGUGCUGCGGAGUGCGUGCUCUUCCACUAGAGCUCCGAGCCGCUCGGGGGCAAUGAAAUCGCGGAAGCUGCCAAAGGGCUUCGUGCUUUGUGGCCUCAACUGUUUGACCUUCGUCUACUUCCCGCUCGUCCUGCCAAUCCUGCGAUGCUCGGCCGGAGCGGCGUCGUCGGCCAGCGGCGGUGGCUCAAAGACCGCCGACGACUUCGACUUCCGGAUGCAGCGCGUGCGGAAUGUCCUGAAGGAAGUGCCCCUCAUCGACGGACACAACGAUCUGCCGUGGAAUAUUCGCAAGUUUCUGAAGAACCAACUGAAGGACUUCCACUUUGGCGGCGAUCUGCGGGAACUGGCUCCCUGGUCGUCGAGUGCCUGGAGUCACACAGACCUGCGCCGCCUGAAGGAGGGCAUGGUCUCCGCCCAGUUCUGGUCCGCCUAUGCCCCCUGCUCAUCCCAACAUCUGGAUGCAGUGCAGCUGACGCUGGAGCAGAUCGACCUGAUUCGUCGACUUGUUCAGCUCUAUCCGCAUCACAUGGCGCUGGUCACGACUGCUUCUGGAAUCGAGCAGACGCACCGGACUGGCAAGAUCGCCAGUCUCAUUGGCGUGGAGGGCGGACAUGCCAUCGGCACCAGUCUGAGUGUCCUGCGAAUGUUCUACCAACUGGGCGCCAGAUACUUGACUCUCACACACACCUGCAAUACACCUUGGGCGGACUGCUGCAAAGUUGACGAACCAGGGAAGUACCCGCACAUAGGCGGUCUUUCGCAGUUCGGCAAGCUGGUGGUCAAGGAGAUGAACCGACUGGGGAUGAUAGUGGAUCUGUCUCACGUCUCGGUGCCCACGAUGCUGGAUGCCCUGGCCGCCUCGAGGGCGCCGUUAAUAUUCUCGCACUCCUCGGCGCACGCCAUCUGCAAUAGUUCCCGCAACGUUCCCGAUCAUGUCCUGCAACGCAUUGCAAUAAACGGCGGUCUGGUUAUGGUGGCCUUUUAUCCGCAUUUCGUCAGCUGCUCGGGACAGGCGACAUUGCACGAUGUUGUGGCGCAUAUCAACCACAUAAGGGAGGUGGCCGGCAUCGAUCAUGUUGGCAUUGGAGCUGGCUACGACGGAGUCAACUUAGUGCCCAAAGGACUGGAGGAUGUGUCCAAAUAUCCGCAUCUUUUUGCUGCCCUGCUCGAGUCUGAUAAAUGGUCGGAGGAGGAUAUUGCCAAGUUGGCUGGCAGGAAUCUAAUACGUGUAUUCAAGGAAGUCGAAGCGGUGCGCGAUCAAAUGGAACUUUUGCGAGUGGCACCCAUUGAUCAGUCAAUUCCAGCCGAAGACAUUAUGGGCCGAUCCUAUUGUCGUUAUCAAGGACCAAGAACGUGAUAAUUUCUCCAUUUGUAAAGUUCACCCAUAUGCAUAGCGUUUCAUUCAUCGCAAAACUGUGGCGAAAAUGGCUAAAAAUUAUGUCAAGCGUACGUGUUGUAAAGUGAAACUUGUUUUAGGUUAAUUGACAAAGUUUUCCUCCUCUCAGCUACUGAUGUUGUUAUUUUUGUUAUUGUUGCUCUGUGCGUGAGUGUGUGUGUGCCAUCAUGCUGCACAAACACAUGCAUGCAAGCACACACACACAUUGAGAAAAAACGCCGACAUUUUGCAAUCGCUCAGAGUCGAGCAGCUGGGCAACCGCAGUUGCUGCACUGAGAAAAAAAAAAAAACAAUUCUUAUGGACCCCAUUAGUUUGCUUUAAAGAUUUUCCGAUGAAAAUUUACUAGCUCUAUUGAGAAUGGACUUUGGGAUUAAAUUUUGAUUUUAUGCUUUCCAUUAACUUUGAUUUUAUUCUCAGUGUACGAAACUUUUUGCGCAGCUGGCAGCGGGCAUAAACAAAUACAAAGUGGCAAGAGGAGACCGCCACCCACCCACAAACGCCCCCAAUGACCACCCAACCCUUCUUCCCCCAUACCCGAACUAGCUAACAUUGUGUAAAUAUCAUUGCCAUGUUUGUUUUUAUCUCUAGCUCUAGCUCUAAGUCAGACAAAAAAGAAGGUAAAGCUAAAGAAUGAGGAUGGGAAAAGGGAAAAAACCAUAGCACACAAACGCUAAAAAAGUUAAGCCUAUAAUAGCGAAAGUAAAGCACAUUUAGUCUAAAAUUAUUAAGCCGAUAACAAAGUGGCAAGUGGAUUAAAAGAAAAGCCGAGGCUAAUCACAAAAGUCAAGCUCAAUGUUAGUACAGAGGAAAAUCUAAUUUUUCAUCUUGUAUUUUUUCUAUGAAAAAGUUAUUAAAGUUUACAAGAAAUAUAGCUAAUAGUUAAUGAAUUAAAUACUGAAUUCAUAAGUGCGAGUUUUGGUGAGCUUAUUUGGAUCUGAUAUCGAAUAAAGUUCGUUAAUCUGAAUUCAUUAGCCCGCACUCGCAGCAAACGAUUUAAUUACACAACAUUAUGCGUUUAAAGAGUUUUUAAUUUCGUUAUGAUCCUAAAUGAAAUUCCCAUUUAAUUAGUUAAUUUACAUUAAACAUUUAAUUAGCCAAGGUUUACUGCAAAACGAGGACAACCAAAAAACAAAAAAAGGAAUGCAAUUCAAUGCACGAAUUGAAUGUAAGCACAUUUAAUGCAUCAUUUGUAAGGCUUAAAUGCCAAUCUUUUAAUCAAUAUUCAAGUAAGGCGAUGUAUUCGCAAACGAAAAUCAGCGAAAUGAUAAACAUAUUGUAUAAUUAAUAGAUCCAAACAAAAUUCAACCCGCCAAAAUUGCAAAUAAGUUCACAAGCAAACCAAUUAAGCGAGAAAUAAUAUUAAAUAAAGAUUGUAUAGAAAUCAAAUGGAAAAAGCUACAAGCGCGUUUGUUCCAAAACUAUUUAACUCAUAUACCAACACUUACUCACCUAUAUCACACACUAUUGUAUAAAGCUGUAUGUUGAAAUAUUUUGUUUUAAUUUAAUCAUCAAUUUAUUUAUCAAUGGGGUCAACAGGCUUUUGCAUUCCCCAGCUCAAUUCAUCAAUUCAAUUAAACAGUUUAGUUGAAAGUAAUAAAAAGCGUUAAAAAAUAGAUUCAAAUCAAAGCAUAUUGGUGGGCGAACAAAACAAAAGGCGAAGAAUAACACAUGUGAUCAAAACUAAAAUUAAAUUACAGAUUUAUAUUAUUACUACUUAUAUAUAACUAUAAUAAUUUAAUGUUUAACAACAUGCAAAACUGAAAAAGAGAUAACAUACGAAUUCAACCAUUUUUACUGCAGAUGGUAGUUAAAAAGAAAACACACUUUAUUGAUUACAAAUAGCAUAAUAAUAAUGUGGGAAACUUAACUGUAACCGUAUAGGAAAAUAUUUAAAAAUCGCUGAUCAUGUGAACAGUGUUUGAACACCCUGUACAUAUUUGUAUGAAUAAUGAUCAAAUAGUAAUAUAAUUGUAUGAAAGUAUGUCAAGUUGUGAAAAUUGGAAAAUAACCAAAAACGAACAAAUAAUAAAUUAAUUAAUUCAUAUGUGUAAAUUGGAAGAUGUCGUAAGUGGCCAGCAGAAAAAUACCGAAACAAAAUAUAAAUAAAUUCAUAAAAAUUAUAAAACU